CCGCGCAGGUAAAGCCGGAGCGGCCCGGCCGCGGCCCCGCAGUCCCGCCGCGAUGUUCGGGGUGCAGCAGCAGCUGCAGCCGCCCGCGCUGCCCCCGCAGCAGCAGCAGCAGCAGCACCACUACUACCGGCGGCAGCAGCACUACAGCACGCUGCCCGCCCGCCGGGCCUGCCCCGAGCCGCCGGCCUGCCCCGAGCCCCCGCCGUGCCCGGAGCCGCCGCGGCCGCUGCCCUGCCUGGACCCCGCUCCGCACCCGCAGCAGGACGUGCCCUACGACCGGCUCCGCACCUACGGGCCGGGCUGCCGCCGGGUCAGCACCUCCUGCUCCUCCCGGGCCGCCUCGCCGCUGGACUGCGGCCACGGCUGCGACCCGCCGCAGGGCACCAUUCGCAGGAUCAUUAUCGAGAACCCGGAUCAGGAGCCAUUAUCCCCUUUUCUUAGAGGGGCCAGUUUCUCUCCUGGAAAUAAUGUCAUCUAUGAAAAGACAAUAAGAAAAUAUGAGCUAUUAAAUCCUCUCCAAGAGCGGCAGUUCCCGCUGUGCCAGGCAGAGCCGUGCCCGCAGUGCCCGCCCGCCGCGCCGGCCCCGCUCCCGCAGCAGUGCCGGCAGACACAGACGGGCUCUCCCUGCGAGCUGUGCCCGGGCCCGGGCGGCGACGAGUGCCGGGCACACCCCGUGAGGAGGGGCGCGGCCCCCCCAGAGCUGGUGAGCUGCCCCCAGGACCCCCCUGAGCAGCUGGACUGUCGCUUCUUUGGGGAGCUGCUGGCCGAGCUGCACCGCAAGAGCACCGACCUGUACAGCUGCCUGCUGCAGCACGUGGAGAAGAUUGGGACAAGGAACCACGACAUUGAAUUCACGUGCCAGACUGAAGAUAUUGAAGAAUUAAUUCCCAAAGGACUGUCUGAGGCAACAAAGCAGCAGAUUCGUUAUCUCCUCCAGAUGAGAGCGACAUCGGACAAAUCCCUGAGGCUUGUGCUUUCCACCUUCAAGAAUCUGCGUGAGGAGCUCUGCCAUUUGCAGGAUGACCUGGGGAAGCUGGAAACUGACAAUAUCUUGCUGAAGAAGGAUUUGGCUUUUAAGGAUUCUCAAGUAAAAGAAUAUGAAACAAUGCUGGCUUCUCUGAGGGAGAACAACCGUCAGCAGCAGCAAGGGCUGAGGGACAGCACUGCCAGGUGCCGCUCGCUGGAGGAACAGCUGCUGUCCCUGCGGCUCAGCGAGGGGGACAAGGAGUGCCAGCUGAAGGAGCUGGAGUACAGCAAGAGGGCCCUGGAGCAGGAGAUCCAGAGCCUCAAGCUGCAGAGCUGCUCCAGCCCCAGCCUGCAGACCACGACGGACGAGCUCUCCAGCCGCUACGUGGAGAUGAUCAACAACCUGAGGGAGGACAAGGACAGGGAGAUCCGCAGCCUCAGGUCCCAGCUGUGCCAGUUCCAGCAGGACAUCACCAGGAGAGAGGGGAGCAACAGUGACUUGCAAAUGAGGCUGCACGAACUGACAUCGCUGCUGGAGGACAAGGAGGCUUUUAUUAAACAACAGCAAGAGGAGCUUUUCAGACUGAAGCAUGAGAAGUUAUCUGGCAGUCAGUCCCCUGGGGUGACAGCCAUCAUCACUAAAAAGUACAGGAAUCAAUAUCCUAUUCUGGGUCUCCUGUCUGAUGACUACAAGGUCACAUCACCUGUCAAUAAAUCACAAACCAUUGUAAUUGAGAGGACUGGGGAGAUCUGGAAACACGAAUGAGAGAAACCUCAGAGCUGCUCCAAGGAGUUCACAACCACUAAAACUGCUUUACUUUCUGCUCUUCUGCAUCCAAAAAGGUUCAGUCUGAUAGUGAGGAAGGCUGGGAAAACAUUAAGGACUCACUUUUCCCUCGGAAGAGUGGGAUGCUCUCCCUCUGUGGACUUCAGCUGUUCUUGACUGGCUCCUGCCCUUCAGCCAGUCCUGAGGCAAUCUAGGAGACAAAAGGAAAACACCUGAAACCUUUUCCUCUUGGUCCUUGCAGCCAUGUUCUGUCUCCUCAUGCUGAGAGUGGGAAUGACCCCGAUGUCAGUCCCACCCCUCCCACAGCUGCUUUCAGUGCAGAGCCACGGGCUGCAUGGGAACUUCAAAAAUACCUCACUGGGAACUGCUCCUUCCCUUCCACCUGCCUCUGUCUGGGAAGCUCGGACACAAAGGACAAAACUUACAUCAAACCCAGCUUGUGACCUGGCAAAUGCCGGCAGGACCCAGUUCAGUGAAGGGCUGGGCCAAGGCUCAUUUUAGAGAAUGUUUCUGACCUCAGAGGUGAUGUAUUUUCAGCCCCAAACCAGCUGUAAGUAUUUAUUUGCUGUGCUUCAAAUUUUCAAGAAGUUGGUAUAUUUUUAUAUAGAAGAACUUUGUAUAAAAAUAGCUCAUGGACUAAUAAAUUUCCUUAUCAGACUAACCUGCCAUUUACAAUUUCUGCUCCUUGCAGGACCACAGAAAUUCUUUCAAACUGAUUUGGUGUUCAUGAUUCAGUAGUUGUCUGAGCAACACAGCACAGAGACUCACAGGGAAAGUUUGCAACACUGCAAUCCAAAGGUGCUCUUCUAUGGUGGGGUUCUUGCUUUGCUUUCCUGCUGCAGCCAUGUAUUUCUGAUCCAGAUAAUAGGGACCCUAGGCAAUGUUUAAUGGGGAAACAAUACUGGAGGCUACCUGUAACCAUGAAAUAAACCCAAGUCUAACUCU